AUUAAUAGCUGCAUGCUUGGCUUUGGUUGGAGGGGUUGUGCAUGCAGGUUAAGCCCUCCCCCUCGCUCCUCUCUCACAUUUCCCUUCCUAAACUUGUCACUCACACCCCAGCAAAGUAUUUAAAAAGUGUUUUCAGGACUUCAGUGCUUCACACAGCAAGAAAGCUCCAGGCUUCAAAUGCAACAGAUGGGAAGUUCUCCCGCUGAUGCUAUGGAGAAUUUUGUAGAACUUCCCAAACCAGCAAACCCAUGACGGAGCCACAGAGGCAAGUUGGAGAGCUGCCUAUCUGGAGAGAAGUGAUUUCUUUUCCUGCACAAAAACUGGACCAUUUGCUCCCUUUUCGACCCAUCUUUCAUUUGAAGAGCAUCCUAUGGUAGAAGGCCAUCCUGCUGCACUGCUAGAUGGAUCCACCUGCUGCUAGUAGCUGCAUGAGAAAUUCUCACCCUACCACUGCGCUCUGGGGUUGCCUGCGUAACCACCAUGCCGAGGCCGGAGGCACUGUGGGGCCACACCACUACCCACAGGCCCCCUUUUCGUUUCACCAUAAACCAGACUUUGGCAUCUAUUCAGACUUUUCGACCUCCUGUCCGGCUGCAGCCCUCCAAAGCCUUCCUCGUGAUGAGCGAGCUUUUGAGGGAAAUCACCCCUCCUUCCAGCCCUCCGCCUGGCAUUUUGCAGCAUCAGAGGGUAGGCGGCGGCUUGCGGCCGAGUUGGCUUUGGGAUCUGGCGAGCCAGAGAAUAGGGGCAGCCCACACCUGAUGGAUGCUGCCAUUGGCACGAGCGAAGAUUACGUCCUGGCGGUGAACGUGGUGAGUGAAACGGAGAAAAAAACAUCUAGAAGGAAAAAGGGAAAUGCAGGUCAAAGUAUGGUUUCAGAACCGGAGGAUGAAAUGGAAACGCGUGAAGGGGGGACAGCCAUUGUCACCCCAGGAUCACAGCAUGGAGGACAUGGACUCGGCUGCCUCCCCAAGCUCAGAAUAGCCCCUUACAUGGUGACUCAGAAGGUCUGGACCAAUCUCUUGGCGUAUCACCAUCAGCCCAGAUCAUACGCCCCCCUAAGACUUUCUAAUGUGUCUUUGAGUUGACUGAAGAAGGAACAGUUUUGGAAGAGGCCAGGCUUUGCUUUUCCAGGUAGAUCUGGACUUUCUCUCAGAUUGAAUUACUUUUGCAAGCCACCACAAGGGAAAUGGAAACAGAAUUGUGCAGAAAUGGAUUCCCAGUCAUUCUAGGGUUGAAGACAUAACAUUUUUAGAGCCAUGAAGCUAAUUUGUAAGUUGUGUCCGCUCCAAACUUACAAUUCCUCUCCAGGAUCACAUUCUGGAAACAACAACAAUCACAAGUCCUGCAAGUUUGUAGCAGAAGUUGGCUGUGCCUGGUGCUGACUGGCUAGCCCCCCUGGGAUGUCACCAAGAAAAUCUUAACAGCCAGUCUCUGGAACAGUUUUUUUCAUUUAAAAACAAAAGUGUGCAUAUAGGAUUGCAGCCUCAGGCAGUUUUAAAUAGCACUGCAAAAUGGUAGAUCACAAUUAGUAGUUAUAUUCCUUUCCACCAUGAAUUUUUUUUUUAUCAGUCCUGGACAAGGAUCUGCACCCUCCGAGUAUGUCAAGAAUAGCCACUUUCGUGGCUUUGAUUAAUGGAUUGCUUUGUUGCUUUGAAGUGUGUGUCAUGAAUUUUGAUCCUCCCCCCCAACUUAAAAACAACAUCACUUGAACAUCUCAGAUCUCCCUUAGUAAUUAUGGGGCAGCUACCAUGUUGUGAAACAAUUCUGCAGCUCUCUGAGACUUUACAUUUUGACUCCUUCUGUUUGGUGGUCCAGCUACAUACAGGGACUGGAAUUACACUGUACUGAUAAAUUAUAAAGGGAUGGUGUCCCUACAUGUUUUGGCCUACUUCUGAAUGUUCCAUGAGUUGGCCAGCUUUUGUUGUGCCAGAGACGUUUGUCAUAUCUCUAAAUUUGUUUGUUAAUUUGUAAUCCAUUCAAACAGCUAGAGAGGAAUGAAAUAACCAUCCACUAUUUCUGUCGCACAUUGGCCUCUACGGGGAUUCUCUAUAACUGCCUUUUAAAAAUUAAAAACUUUUUUUGGUAUUAUUGAAGACUAACAAGACAUUGACCAGCUGAAAUACA